CUGAAAUAAAAAAGAAGAACAGGCUGUCAAUUGUCAAAAUAAACGUGGUGCGGCUUUUUCUAUCUAGAAAAUAAAAUAUUAAUUUUAUUAAUAGUUAAUCAAACUAAUUAUUAUCAAAAAUGGCCUUACACGUACCUAAAGCCCCGGGUUUUUCCCAGAUGAUGAAAGAAGGAGCCAGAUAUUUCUCCGGUCUCGAGGAAGCCGUUAUUCGUAAUAUCAAAGCCUGUAAGGAAUUCGCAAAUUCAGUUAAAUCCGCGUACGGGCCCAAUGGCAUGAAUAAAAUGGUUAUUAAUCACAUCGAAAAACAGUUUGUCACUAGUGAUGCAGCAACUAUUAUAAGAGAACUGGACAUUGAACAUCCAGCAGCAAAGUUAAUGAUUUUAGGUAGUGAAAUGCAAGAUGCUGAAGUUGGAGAUGGUACAAAUUUUGUCAUUAUCCUAGCCGGUGCUUUGUUAGAAUGUUCAGAGGAACUUAUACGUCUUGGUGUAACGCCCACUGAAGUUGCUGAUGGAUAUGAAAAGGCUUUAGAUAAAUGCCUAGAAAUCCUUCCUUCUUUAGUGUGCUACAAAGUCAAAGAUAACAGAGACAUUGAGGAAGUUAGAGAAACUAUUAAGUCUUCAAUUCAGUCUAAACAGUACGGAAAUGAAGAUUUUCUGGCUGAAUUAGUUGCAAAAGCAUGUAUUUCUAUCCUUCCAGAACAGACCACUUUUAAUGUUGAUAAUGUAAGAGUCUGUAAAGUUCUAGGAUCUGGCUUACUGAGUUCCAGGGUAGUGCAAGGAAUGGUGUUUAAGAGACAAGUUGAAGGAGAAAUUACUAGAGCAGAGCAAGCUAAAAUUGCAGUGUAUAGUUGUCCAGUUGAUAUUUUGCAAACUGAAACUAAAGGCACAGUACUUAUAAAAUCAGCAGAUGAAUUAAUGAACUUCAGCCGUGGAGAAGAGAACUUGCUGGAACUACAAAUUAAAGCUAUAGCAGACAGUGGAGCUAAAGUUAUUGUUGCAGGAGCCAAAUAUGGAGAUAUGGCCCUUCACUACAUUCACAAAUACAACCUGAUGGCUGUGAGAUUAAAUUCUAAAUUCGAUUUGAGAAGGUUGAGCAAAACCGUCAACGCUACAGUGUUGCCGCGUCUGACCGCACCCACGCCUCAAGAAUUAGGUUAUUGCGAUGUGGUUUGCGUCGAAGAACUGGGCGACACUCCUAUCGUAGCGUUCAGACAGGAGAGCAAGGAGUCUCGCAUUUCUACCGUUCUUAUAAGAGGAGCUACGGAUAAUUACAUGGAUGAUAUUGAAAGGGCUGUAGAUGAUGGUGUUAAUACAUUCAAGGGUCUGUCAAGGGAUCCAAGGUUUGUACCAGGAGCGGGAGCAACAGAAGCGGAAUUAGCUGUCCAGCUACUGAAAUAUGCCGAUACUUUACCUGGUUUAGAACAGUAUGCUGUCCGAAAAUUCGCCACAGCCUUAGAAACGUUCGCUAAAGCACUGGCCGACAACAGCGGUCUAAAAUCUCAAAUAGUUUUGGAAAAAGUUCUGGAGGCUCAUCAGAACGGCCAGAAAAACAUAGGCGUCGAUAUCGAAUCGGAGAACUCCGUUUGCGACGCGGUCGAAAAGAAAAUUCUCGACCUGUACCAAGCGAAGUACUGGGGCCUUAAGUACGCCGUAAAUGCCGCCGCCACUGUGUUGAGAGUGGACCAAAUCAUCAUGGCGAAGAGGGCCGGCGGCCCUAAACCGAGAGCACCGAAGGGUAGCGACGACGAGUCCUAAAAAUGCAGGUCAUUUCAUCGUUUUUUUGUAUUAGCUAUUAUAAACCUGGACUGUAUAUACUUUCUUGGAUAAAGCUAUAUCUACAUAUAGUUUAUACAACGGUCGUUCAACGUGACGUCAUCGUUAAAUUAAUACAGUUUUUUUACGGAUUUAAAGAACUAAAUUUUAACGUAUUAAUUUUUUAAUCCUUUUAAUACAGGAAAGCAUAUGCAAUCUAUGGUUGUAAAACUUCAGUAAUUUUAUACAGGUUCCUGAAUCAUAGUAUUAAAAUGGAACCUGUUAAAUUAAUAUUUUUAAUGCUUUAAUUUACCUAACACUCAAAACUGUUCUUCAUUAAGUACUAGGAUUUAUUAAUCCUCAAUAAUUUUUUCAUCAUUACACGCGUUCAUUAUUAAAUUUAAUCUUUUUCAAU